AUAUAUAUUCCAAUAUACAUAUAUAAUAUAUGUGUAUUACAUUUUCUUUAUCCAUUUAUCUGAUGAUGGGCACCUUGGUUGAUUCUGUAUUCUGGCAAUUGUGAACAGUGCUGCUAUAAGCAUGGUAGAUCAGGCAUCACUUUGAGUCAGUGAUUUCAUGUAUUUUGGAUAUAUACCCAGUUGUGGGAUUGCUGGGUCAUAUGGCAGGACUAUUUUUAGUUUUUAGAAGAAAUCUAAGAGAUUACACCAAUAUUAGGAAGGAGUGUAAAAAAGUGGAAUCUUUGUACAUGGUCGUGGAAAUGUACAGUGAUACACUAUUUGGAAAAUAGUUUGGAAAUUUACAAAAUGUUAAUCAUAUACUUAGCAUAUGAUCCAUUAGUUUCAGUUCCAGGACUCUCCCUAAGAGAAAUAAAAACAUACUUCUAUGUUCACAGAGACUUGUACAAAAAUAUUUAUAUCAGCAUUGUUCAUAAUAAUCAAACUACAAAAAUACAUAUCCAUCAACUGGUAAAUAUAGACAAAAUGUGAAACAUCCUAGAAUACAAAAACUCAAAAACUGAGUCACAAUCUUGCAAUGGAAUAAGAGGGCUUAAAAUAAUGCCAUGUGAGACAGUAUAUAUGAACUUCAAAAAACAUUAUGGAAUAAUCCAGACAUGCAAACCUAUGUACUGCAUGUUUCUAUUCAUAUGAAAUGUUCAGAAAACACAAAUUCAGAGAGAUAUGAAGGAGAUCCAUCUGGGUUAUCUAGGGGUAAGGUAAAGAGGGGAGAUUAACUGCAAAUUUGAUGACUCUUACACAAUUCUGUAAACUUAAUAUAAUCAUUAACUUGCUCACUUGUGAUGAAUGAAUUUUAUGGCCUGUAAAGAAGAUGCCAAUACUGCUUUUUUUAAAAAAAUUUAUUUAUUUAUUUGAAAGGCAGAGUUUAGAGAGAGGCAGACAGAGAGAGAGAGAGAGAGAGGGAGGGAGGCAGGGAGGGAAGUCUUCCAUCCCCAGUUGGCUGGGCCAAUCCGAACAGGGAGCCAGGAGCCUCUUCCCAGUCUCCCACGUGGGUGCAGGGGGCCCAAGCACUUGGGGCAUCUUCCACUGCUUUCUCAGGCCAGGGCAGAGAGCUGGAUCAGAAGAGGAGCAGCCAGGACUAGAACCAGCGCCAUUAUGGGAUGCCAGCACUGCAGACGGUGGCUUUACCUGCUACGCCAUAGUGCUGGCCCCACAACUAAUGGUUUUAAGAUGUUAACAAGAAAUCUUAUAUGGUUACCUGGUUUAAUCUCUUUAUGGUUUAAAUUUAUUUCUGGCAGUCCUCAGUAUCUUAUGGGCUCCUUUUUCUUAUUUAAUACCUUUAUUAUGAUCUCUAAUUUUCUUUAACAUGCUUUCUUUUGAUUUUUUAUCCACUCCAUGGCUCUUUCCUCACCUAAAUCCCUAAACUAUUCAAAUCUGUAUCUCCCUCAGGGAUCCGCUUCACGGAGUCAAAAUUAGUGUUAUCAUAUGCCUAUUGUAGAAAUCUCAGUAGAGCCUUCAUAGAGAUCACAAUCUGAAUUCAUUUAUUAUGGCCCUCAUUGUAUUCACCUAAGCUUCACGGCCAAUCUUAUGACUCUUUUUACAAUAUUUAUCAGUUCUUCUUCCAGUCUCCAUAUUUAUCCAUUUAUCUGAUGAUGGACACCUUGGUUGAUUUCAUAUCCUGGCAAUUGUGAGCAGUGCUGCUGUAAGCAUGGUGGAUCAGGCAUCUCUUUGAUCCGUGUCUUUUGGAUUUAUAUCCAAAAUAUAAAUUCUUAUUAAUGCUGGUAAAGUUUGCCACUCUCAGAACAAUUUUUAAAAGUUUUGAGCUAUAAAUUCUUAAAGAAGAAGUAAGGCUGUGUGACCCCCAGUGUCGUUAAUAACAACAGUGAUGAUUAAAUUGACAUUCUAGUGUUUCGGGUGUGCAGUCAGUUCCCUUAACUCAGGUGAACACCUUCCUUUCCCUGCAGACUGAAGUUGCCAGUCUAGUGAUGAGGAGUGACUGUAAAAUGACAGACUCUCACUCCUAAAGAAAUAAUUCAGGACAUCGCAUCUGGGGUAGCAUCUAGGAGCAUGCCCAUGAAACUUGAUUCUUCUCCCUUCCCGCCACUCUGUGGAGAAACCACGCAUUCGAAAAAGACGGAGUGUCUUCUACACUCUAAAAUAUUUGGGAUUUGAUGGGAUUGGGUUGGAGUCUGGGCAUGGGAGGGCUCAGGGCCUGGGGUUAGGGUCUGUCUGGACAUGAGGUCAGGGCUUCCCUCAGUAACCUUCAGGACCGUCCUGGUCUCAGGCUAGGGUCAGGGCCUAUGCAGCGCUGAGGUCAGGGUGGGCUGAGGUCCUCCCCGGGAUCGGGGUCAUGGCGGGGUCACAGUGGGGUCAGGCCCUGCUCACCACCCUCCAUGUCCCGGCAUGGCAUCCAGGACAGACGCAGGAGCUGCGCGCUCCCGAAGGCGACCAGGGUCCCUGCUCUGGUCACUGCUGCUGUUGCUGCUUCCGCUGCCUCUCCUGAGCGCCAAGGCCGCUGCUACCCGGCAGCCGGGGGCCCCUGGCCUCCCACGGGCUUCAGAUACUACAAGGGGAAGCCAAGGGACAGAGAACGGUGGGGAGUUGGCAGCCGGUGGGCCCCAGGGCUCUGUGGGCGGGGCCCAAGGUCCGUUUGAAGCCUGGGGGGCGGAGCCAGCACCAGAGGACACCCGAAAUGUCCGCUCUGGCCCCUCCCAAACAGGUAGUCCCCGAGAUGACAUCAGCAGAGUGUGUGGGAAACACAAGAUGGCAGGAAAGCUGUAUGGUGGCCAAGACGCGGCGGCUGCCCGGUGGCCAUGGCAGGCCAGCCUGCUCUACCACAGCGUGCACCUCUGCGGAGCCGUCCUCAUUGAUAGCCGCUGGCUGCUUUCUGCUGCCCACUGCUUCCUGAACAAAUCGAAGGCUCUUGGGGACUAUAAGAUUCUGUUGGGAAACACCCAGCUGUACCAGCAAACCCAGCACACCCAGAAGAUGUCCGUGAGCAGGAUCCUCAUGCACCCAGACUUUGAGAAGCUUCACUCGUUUGGGAGUGACAUUGCAAUGUUGCAGCUGCACCUGCCUGUGAACUUCACCUCCUCCAUUGUCCCUGUCUGCCUCCCAGCCCCAGAUGUGCAGCUGUCCAGUCUCACAUCCUGUUGGAUAACUGGCUGGGGAAUGCUCACUGAGGAGAAGCGUCUUUCACCUCCUUUCAAUCUCCAGGAGAGUGAGGUGGGCCUCCUUGAGAACAGGUUAUGUAACUUACUCUAUGGGCAGAGAACUGACUCAGACAAGUACUACAUACAUGAAGAGAUGGUCUGCGUGGGGAACUCCUCGACAGCAAAGUCCAUCUGCCGUGGUGAUUCUGGGGGCCCCCUUGUUUGCCACCUUCCCAACACCUGGGUGCUGGUGGGACUGGCCAGCUGGGGUCUGGACUGCCGGCACCCUGUCUACCCCAGCGUCUUCACCAGGGUCUCCUACUUUGUCGACUGGAUUAACGGGAUCAAACGGCUCACAUCUUCCCCAGACCCAGCAUCUACUCCAUCCUACACCUACUCUUCCUUGCCUGUGAGGGCAGCUGGUUCACCUGGACCCUACACAGCCCUCAGGGCUGCACAGACCUGGCUUCUGCUGUCAUUUAUCCUCAGGGCCUCCCAGAAAGCCUUGAUGUGACCUGGGGGCAUUCAGCACCUUCUUUCAUGCCAUGUACCAGUCUGUGCUUGCAACCACCUGUUUCUCUAAAUCGUUUCUUGCCCUUUGGCUUUUCUGCCCACCCCCAAACCAAGCUUGGCAAAAUCAAAUUAAGUCAAAUAAAAUAGCUGCCUUGCCCUUCUUCUGAGCAUUCCUGAUCCUCAACACUUGGGUCAGCAAACUGGACUUCACAGGAAGACUUUCAAGUGUGGGCUCCCAGGAGGAGGACAGGAGUGUGGGGGGACACUAAGAGGCCCCAUUGUGUAGAAAGCUACAACUUUGCAUUCAUAGAUGCUGCCUGCCACUGGAGCACCUAGUCCUUCAGCGGGAGUGAGAUGUAGCACUCAGGGUCUAUAGUGCAGGGGGUCAAAGGCUACCUCAAAGCAUAGAAGCAGCGCUUUUAAGGUUUGGUGAAGGGAGGGCUGGGUUCCAGUGGAGCCAGGUGGGAGGGAAGUACCUGGGACACAAAGUGAUUGAGCACAACUGGGGUCUAGGAUCAUGUCAUGAGGACUAGGAACCUGGCCUGGGACUGAAGGACUGGCAGAUGGACAUGGGGGCUGGAAUGUGGGCUGGAACCAAAUGGAGGAGGCCUUGAGCCCAGGCAAAGAGCAGAGGUGAAGGCCAGCAGUGCUCAGAGGUAUGGUCUUGAGUCAAGUCUCAUAACUUUUCUCACCAGAGCCCAUAUCUGCAGAAGUGUGAUAUGCUGUCAAUGUCUUUCAUCAUCAUCCUCCCAUGGACUUAAUUCCUCCUGUCUUGGAUACAGGCAGUACAGUUCCUGCCUCUGGUAUCCACACAAUGCAUGGCUGGAGGUGGGCAUCACUUUCUUUUUUAUUAAAAUAUUUUUAAUUUAUUUUUUAAGGAAUACAGAUUUUUUAAAGUUUUAUUUUAUUUUAAUUGAAAGAGUUACACAGAGAGGAGAGAGAGAGAGAGAGAGAGAGAGAGAGAGAGAGAGAUAUGUGGGGAGCAACUCGGACUAGACUAAGUUACUCGAAUUAAGACUUAUUCUAUGCAUCUGCUCUCCCACAAUAUGGUGCUGGGAGAGGAGGAAACAGCUUCUACGCAGCUGCCUCCAGUUCAACCAAUAAACUGCAGGAGCUGAUCCUGCUCCUGAUUGGAGGAGAGCAGCAUACUCGGCGUGUGGGUAGCAAAGUUGGGAUUGGUGGAAGAGGACUAUAAAGGAGGAAAGAGACAACAUGCACGAGGAACAUCUAAAGGGAACAUCCGGAUAACAUCUGAGCAGCCCCCGAGAGAGCCGGCCGGCAGUGUGCCGCUCCCCCGCGGAAGUGGGGAAAGUGGCAGGGGGAGCCGCCCUUUCCACGGAGGUGGAAGGAUUGGCAGCCAACCCGGGAAGGACCAGCAGCAAACCCGGGAAGGGCCGAGCAGACGAAAGAACAGCGCAGGGUCUAGUGUCGUUCCUCCGCGAAGAGGGGGAGCGACAGAGAGAGGGGGGGGGAGAGGGAGAGAGAGGGAGAGGAGAGAGGAGAGAGAGGUCUUCCAUCUGCUGGUUCACUCCCCAGUUGGUUGCAAUGGCUGGAGCUGUGCCAAUCUGAAGCCAGGAGUCAGGAGCCAGGAGCUUUUCUUCCAGGUCUCCCACAUGGGUUCAGGCGCCCAAUGACUUGAGCCAUCUUCUACUGCUUUCCAGGCCAUAUCACAGAGCUGGAUCAGAAGUGUAGCAGCCAGAACCCGAACUGGUGCCCAUAUGGGAUGUUGACACUGCAGGCUGUAGUUUUACUUGCUAAGCCACAGUGCUGGCCCUGGAAUACAAAUUUCAUAGAACUUUAGGAAUAUAGUUAUUCUUCCCACCAUACGCACCCUCCCACCCACACUCCCACCCCUCCUCCUCCUGCCUCUUCCCUUGCCAGUCCCAUUCUUAAGAUUCAUUUUCGGCCAGUGCCACGGCUCACUAGGCUACUGAGAUCUACAACCAACUUAUAUUUGACCAAAGCUAAACCAAUCCCUGUAGCAAGGGCAGUCUCUUCAACAAAUGGUGCUGGGAAAACUAGAUUUCCACAUGCAUAAGUAUUAAUCAAGAACACUACCUUAAACCUUACACAAAAAUCCACUCAACAUGGAUUAAAUAUCUAAAUCUAUGACCAACUGGGACUAGAACCCAGUGUGCUGGUGCCGCAGGUGGAGGAUUAUCCUAUUGAGCUGCAGUGCUGGCCAGGGUGUUGUAUUUUAUCAAAUGCUUUCUUUCCAUCUAUUGAGAUAAUCAUAUGAUUUUUGUUGAGCAGUUUGUUAAUGUGAUGUAUCGUGUUGAUUGAUUUGUGAAUAUUGAACCAUCCUUGCAUACCAGGUAUAAAUAAUUCCCACUUGGUCCAGGUGGAUGAUCUUUCUGAUGUGUUGUUGGAUUUGGUUGGAUAGAAUUUUGUUGAGGAUUUUUGCAUCUAUGUUCUUAAGGGAAAUUGGCCUGUAAUUCUCUUUCUUUGUUUCAUCUUUUUCAGGUUUAGGAAUUAAGAUGAUGCUGGCUUUAUAAAAAGAAUUUGUGAGGAUGCCUUCCCUUUCAAUUGUUUUGAAUAACUUGAGAAGAAUUAGAGUUAGUUCUUUAAAUGUCUGGUAGAAUUCAGCAAUGAAGCCAUCCAGUCCUGGGCUUUUCUUUGUGGUGAUGGACUUUAUUACUGAUUCAGUUUCCAUCUUGGUUAUGGGUCUGUUUAGGUUAUCUGUAUUUUAUGGCUCAAUUUAAGUAGGUUGUAUGUGUCCAGGAAUCUCACCAUUUCUUUUAGGUUUCCAAGUUUGUUGGCAUGCAGCUCUUUGUAGUAAUUUCAGAUAAUUCUUUUUAUUUCUGUGGUUUCUGUUGUUACAUUCUCCUUUUUCAUCUCUAAUUUUAUUGAGAUUAUUAAUUUUUUGGUUAGUUGGGCAAAUGAUGUGUCAAUUCUGCUUAUCUUUUCAAAAAACCAGCUCUUCAUUUUGUUGAUCUUUUGUAUUGUUUUUUUUAUUCGAUUUUGUUGAUUUCUUCUCUAAAUUUAAUUAUUUCUAUUCUUCUGCUUGUUUUGGGUUUGGUUUGCUGCAGUUUCUGUAGUUUUUCUAGAUCUUUGAGAUGCAUUGAUAGCUCAUUUACUUGGUGCUUUUCUAAUUUCUUGAUGUAGGCACUAAUUGCUAUACACUUUCCUCUUAACACUGCUUUUGCUGUAUCCCAUAUGUUUUGAUAUGUUGUGUUGUUGUCUUCAUUUAUUUCCAGAAAUCUUUUGAUUUCUCUUUCAAUUUCUUCUGUGACCCACUGUUCAUUCAGGAGCAUGUUGUUCAGUCUUCAUGUAUUUUCAUAUGUUCUAGAGAUUCCUGAGUUACUGAUUUCUAGCUUCACUCCAUUGUGGUCUGAGAAGAUCCAAGGUAUGAUUUUGAUUUUUGAAUUUGAUGUGACUUGGUGUAUGGCCUAGUAUGUGGUCAAUCCUAGAUAAAGCCCUUGCACUGCUGAGAAGAAUGUGUAUUUUGCAACUGUAGGAUGAAAAGUUCUGUAGAUAUCUGUUAGGUCCUUUUGGUCUAUAGUGUAAUUUAAAUCUGCUGUUUCCUUGCUGAUUUUCUUUCUGGUAGAUCCGUCCAUUGCUGAAAGUGGGAUAUUGAAGUCCCCAUUACUAUUGUAUUGGAGUCUAUGUCUUUCUUUAGAUCCUUUAACAUUUAUUUUAAAUAGGCAGGUGCCCUGUAAUUAGGUGCAUAUACAUUUAUAAUAGUUACAUCUUCCUGUUGAAUUGAACCCUUAAUCAUUACAUAAUGCCCUUCUUUGUCUCUUUUAACAGUUUUUGUGUUAAAGUCUUUUGUCUCCUAUUAGCAUGGCUACUCCAGCUCAUUUUUAGUUUCUGUUAACAUCGAAUAUCUUUUUAAAUCCUUUCACUUUUAGUUGGCAUGUAUCUUUGUUGGUGAGAUGUGUUUCUUAUAGGCAGCAAAUAGAGGGGUUUUGUUUUUCAAUCCAUUCAGCCAUUCUGUGUCUUUCACUGGAGAGUUGAGGCCAUUUACAUUCAGGCUGACUACUGAUACGUAACUGUUCCCAGCCCUGGAGAUGCUGUGGAGACAAAGGAAAGGAGUGAAUGGAGUAGGGGAACCUGCAGUUAGGGGGGAGGGCUCUUGUUCCCUGUUGUCACUGGGGGAAGACAGGAGCAUCUCAACAGCUGAGGGCACUUGGACGGGGCAGUGUGGCAGUUUGCAAAUGACUCUGUGUGAACUUCAGGCUCUGUUCCUCUAGUUGAGAAGUCUUCACCAGAGGCUAUCCUCCAAGUUCACCAGUUCUCAACUAGAGAUUGAAACACUCAGCUCUCACUGCCUCUAGAGUCUCCCCAGGGUGUCACUGAAGUCACCUGGGUAGCAUCAUAGGCAUCUCCCUAGUCCUUGAUCAGGACUGAUGACUUGGAGCCAUGUGCUCCUCAGUACUCAGUAGGAGGCUAGCAGACUUGUAAAGCUAACAGGCCAAAUGCCCAACUGGCCUAGAUAAAACCAGCAGGUUCACAACACUGUAUCCAGACCACACCUCAGGCUUCUUUAACUGACACUUUUCAUAGAGAACCCUAGCAGAAGAAAACAAAGGUCUGGAAAAAAAGCUCUCCUCAGCCAUAGUCCUGAAAGCCUUCAGGAUAUUGCUGUAAUUCAUCCCACUCAGUGGGCAGGACUUCUCAGGGCACUGCUAAAACCAUGGGGAGCAUAUACUGGCUACCCUUGAUUGCAGGGACUUGUGGUUCUGUGGCCACUCCAGAAGCUAUGUUCCCCAGAAACAAGACUGGUAAGUAGAUGUUGGGAUCCUGAAGUCCUGUCCUUGCAAGUCACUGAUGCCUGCUUAGGGUUAGAAUGACCAGGGAAUGUUACCUGCCAGGGGAGGUGUCUAGGACCUUCAACAUUGCUAAUAGGUCAGAUCAGAAUUGGUUGAGGGGCCGGUAUUGUGGUGCAGCAGGUUAAAGCCCCGGCCUGCAGCACUGGCAUCCCAUAAGGGUGUGGGUUUGAAUCCCAGCUGCUCCACUUCUGAUCCAGCUCUCUGCUGUGGCCUGGGAAAGCAGUGGAAGAUGGCCCAAGUCCUUGGGCCCCUGAACCUGCAUGGGAGACCUGGAAGAAGCUCCUGGCUCCUGGCUUCGGAUCAACUCAGCUCUGGCCGUUGCGGUCAUUUGGAGGAGUGAACCAGUGGAUGGAAUACAUCUCUCUCUCUCUCUCUCUCUCUCUCUCUCUCUCUCUCUCUCUCUCUCUUCCUCUUCCUGGAUCUACCUCUCUCCCUCUCUCUGUAACUCAGUCUUUCAAAUAAAUAAAAUAAAUCUAAAAAAAAAAAAGAAUUGGUUGAAGGAAAUGUAAACUCUCUGGUAUCCUUCUUUGUGUUGUCAGUGAUGGCAAGUGAAGGCCCAGGAAGCAGCAGGCGUGAGCCAGGGAGCAUGGGACAAAGUGUCCUGGCACACAUCCCUAUCUAGGAACCACACAGAGCCCAGUUAAUGACAACAAGGCACAGGGCACAUGUGUCUAAGGAUCAAGAUCUGUGUCCUCACGUAUAAAAAUAACCUUCCUAAUUGCUACUCUCCUUCCUUACUUUACUAUGAAAACAGGGGUGAUUUUUGAGGCACAGCCAGUUGAGCUGUAACUCUGGAUGCUACACUCCAUAUUGCAGCUGGUUUGAGUACUGGCUACACUGUUCUCGUGAUCCAUCUUCCUGCUAAUGUGCCUGGGAGGCAGCCUAAGUACUUGGAUUCCUGUCAUCCAUGAUGGGUCCCUAGUAGUUGAUGGUGGCUUUGAUUUACCCCAGCACUGAUUAUCUCAAGUAAUUGGGGAAUGAACCCAUGGAUGGAAGAUCUCUCUUUCUAUCUCAAACUCACUCUUUGUUCUGUCUCUCCGUCUCUGUCACUCUGCCAAUCAAAUAAAUAAAAUGUUUUAUAAAAAUAAAGGAAGUCGGAAAAACAGCAAUCACUGAAAUUUCCUCUGGAAAACCAAUCACGCUGCCCAGCUGUGCCUGCUUGUGAUGUGAGGAUGUGAGUAUCUGUGCCACCUUCAUCUUUAUGGCAAAUCCUGGGCAGAGGCUCCCACUAUGAGAUGUAAAGAGGAUGAUGUGAACGAAGGAACUGUGUUUCCACCACAGGGAGAACAGUGCAAUCCAAGUUUUGGAAGUCAAACCCUAUAUUUGCUGACAUAAACCGACAGCCGUUGUCUCUGGUGGAUCCAGACGUCUCCUGCACUGAAAGGAACCAGCACUGGGCAGGGAGGAGCUGGGAGGCUCUGGACCAUGGAAGUGGGGGAAUCCGCAGCCUCAUUUCUGAGGCUAUGUCACUGCAGAGUGGGUGAGAGUGAAGCGCUCCCACCAAUCAGCUUCCCAGCUAAGCCCAUGUUCUCACAGCUUCCUAAUAUCUAGGACACCCAGGUCAACACCCUCUGAACCACUUCAAGGGGAUGGUCCAUGCAGCUGGAGUAAGGACCAGCUUAGGUCCUCUCUCUGCCUCCACCAGAAUCCUGUCUGUCCUCUCUUCUCCACAAACCCAGGGUGAGGUGACCUGUCUCCUCCAUUUAGAAAGUUCCAACCCAUGUGCUCCGUCUCUUCUGAUCAGUACAUUCUCCCCGGAGCAUCUUGCUCCACCUGUAGGGACCCUUCCUCUAAGCAGCGUCCAUGCAACAUGGGCUUCCAGAGCCGCCCCAGAUAAGAUGUCCUGUGGAUCUGCAGGGCUCUGUCUUCCCUCUACUUCAGGCCAAUCAGUUUCCCUAGGGGAGAUGUCAAAUGUGAGUUUCCGGUGAUCAGAGGAAGAGCAGGGAGUCUUAUUACAGACCCCCACCCCUACAGACUUACUUGUUCUGAUGCCACCUCUGCAGGUUGGGCACUCGCCACAGCUGGCUGGCAGCAUCCACAACGAGGAAACUCAAGUUCAGGACCCAGACCCUGAGCUGGAGGCUCAGGGUCCAAUGGCAGGAGUGGAAUGUGGGGCUCAGGCUUCUCUGGUCAGGAAGGGGCAGCAGAAGAGGGGAUUUGGUGGACAUUCCAUGAGGGUUCUGGCUCGUGGGCCAUAGCCAAUCUUAAGUUCUCUUGAAAUUGUACAGUGGCAGCAUAGCUCGUUUAGGCAAUGUUAAAUUGUUUCUCUGAUUUCUAGCACUAAGACUGUACUUGGCACUGCCUUUACUUCCAUUCCGUGUCAAUAAACCUUGCCCAGCCUGCUUCCCACCUGUGGAAAUAGGCUCUCAACUAAAUUGAACGCUGGCUGUACUUUCUCAUUGAAUUACAAAUUCAUAACAUGCUUAGGGAGAUAAGGUGGUCAGAGUAUCAGCAGAUCAGUGAUGGAUUGCAGCAUGUGCACUCAUCCUGAAUGAAGUCUUUUUUUUUUUUUUUGACAGGCAGAGUGGACAGUGAGAGAGAGACAGAAAGGUCUUCCUUUACCGUUGGUUCACCCGCCAAUGGCCACUGCGGCCGGCGCACUGUGCUGAUCCGAAGCCAGCAGCCAGGUGCUUCUCCUGGUCUCCCAUGUGGGUGCUGAAUGAAGCCUUAUUAUCCCCAAAUACUUCUUGUAUCCACAAAUAGGUCCUAUAUCCCCAGAUACUGUCCUCUGCUGAAAUCUGCAUUCUCCAGAGGAAAAUCUGACCUUUGAUCCCCUUUGAUGGAAAGCCACAGUGCAUCAAAGAAUGAUAUUAAAGCAUACAGACUGACCCAGAAAUCCCCACCACCCCUUUUUUUGGUGCUGACAGUGUUUGUUGUUAAAUGUAUAAUUUUUCUUUUUUAAAUGCUUUUCAUUAAUAUUGUAACAUGAAAAAAUUUUGUAUAUUUCAAAACUUGAAUGGAGUAUGUAGAAACAGGCUUCUUCCCAUGAAACAGCCACCAUUUUCCUUUCCAGAGGAACUUCUUGUGAUGUGUACAUCAUUAACUUAAAGUUUAUAUUCAAUUUUUUUUGAAAAUGCUUUCAGUUUCAGGUAAACCAUUAAUUUUACUGAUGCUCAGAAUGAAGGUAUCACUCGUCUGGUUGCUUUCUCUCUCCUGUAGGCUAGAUACUUAGGGCAAGAGGCUCUAUCACUCAUAAAAAUCCCACAUAUUCUAGGGAAGGCACUGGGUCUAGUGGGCAACAUGUCCCCGUUCUGAAUUGGAGGAACUGCCUGUGAUAACUGGCUCUUCUCCCAGCUUUCUGCGAACGUGCACCCUGGAGACAGCACAUGAUGCUCGUAGCUAGGUUCAUGCCACCUACUGGGGAGACCGGAAAUGAAUUCCAGGUUCCCAGCUCCCAACCCUCAGCUUUGGCUUGGCCUAUGCCUGGUCUUUGAGGUGACCUGGGGAGCAAACCAGCGGAAAGGAGCUUCAGACCUCAGGUUUAUGUGCAACAGUGUUUUUAUUCUGUCUGCAAGGCACUCGGAACAGCUCUACCAAGAUGUUCAGUGGACUAAAUGAGAGCAAUUGAAGGAAGAUCGUGGGACUAGAAAUAAAAAACAGCUAGACAUGUACCUAAAAGAAACAAACGACUUUGAGACUCUUCUCAAAGACUUAAAUUUUCAUCACAGGGCAAACUUAUAUGGGAUUCAAGCAAUAAUUUAAUAUUGCAGGGUUGAUGAGGCCAUUGUUUUCACUCACACACUUAACUGAUUGUUGUAAAAUUUCUAUACUACCUGGUACAUAGACAUUAAGCGGCUCAAAUUGUCAAGUUUUACACAUGGGAGUAACAAAUUAUUAACGAAAACAUUUGCAAAUUGAUAUUUAAAAACCUGUGUAUUAAAUUUCCCAA